AUGGGCUUCGACACUAUGCGGUCCUUCCACUAUCUCGGCCUGUACUCCAUACCACAGGAUCCGGUCGAGAGGCAUAACUCGGCGCCAGAAACGUUAAGACGUCGGGACUCGUUCAUGGUCAAUGACACUACCCGACAUCGACAAUCUGAUGCUGGCCGAACCCUCUCACGAUCCAGCAAGCCCGCCUCAUUGCCAGUCACAGCUCCCCCAUUCCAGGCAGCGACAGCGAAAUGGUCGCCGCCGUCAUCGCCAGGAGCCUUAUCGCCUUCCGGAUCGCCCACAGGCUCACCUAGAUACUCUCCCGCGAGUCCUGCAACACGUACCCUAACGACAAAGGAGAAGAAUGCUUUGGCCAACCAACUCUUCGAGGCCGCAUGUUCAGGAGAUCUGGCUGGUAUCGAGAUUCUCCUAAGUCAGGGCGCAGCUAUCAACUCUUCUGUCCUAGUCGGUGGCCUCUUCGAGGCAUUCAAGCCAGCAAAAGCAGGCCAUCUCUCGCCAUUAGCUGGCGCCGCCUCGCAUGGACAACGCGCCGCGGUGGAGCUCCUACUCGCUCGUGGUGCAGAUCUCAACCCGGAUAGUCAACGCUGCGCAAGCAGUCCUCUACACGAGGCUGUCAGGAACAACGACAUGGAACUCACAAGGCUACUUCUGGACCGAGGUGCCGAUGUGAACAUUAGUAAUGCCUACAAGACGACCCCCCUUAUGUACGCCACGAAAUACGGAUCCCCAGAACUAGUCACUCUCGUGCUGCAGUACCGCCCGAAUCUACACACAUUGUCGUUCAUCAAUGCAGCUGCGAUUCACUGGUCAGUGUGGCCAGGCAAUACCAAGAUUACAAAACUCCUCCUCAAAGCUGGAGCAGAUCCGAAUCAAGAAGGAGCCGCUGGGAACACACCACUUGGCUGCGCGGUUAUGACAGGGUCGAUCAGCAUGGUGCAGUGUCUGCUACAAUACGGUGCUGACCCAAUGCGACGGAAUGAGGCCUAUGAGACUGCAUUUGAUAUUGCUGAGAGUCAGUCCGCGCCCGAUGAGCUCAUCGAUCUGCUGCAUGCUGCUGCGAUGGCGAGGAGAUGUUCAUAA